GGGCUGGCAGCGCACUCCGGGGACCUUGCCUGCCCCUCGGGGGCUGCUCUCCCCGGCCGUGCGAGCGCUCGCUGGCCAGGGCAGGGCGGGCGCUGCCCCGCCGUGCCCCGCCGGGAAGUUACUUUGUUCGCAGAGUUGCCGCGGAGGCCGAGCUGGGACCCCCGGGCGCUCCGGCCGCUUGUCCCUCGCGUUCCCCCCACCGUGCUCAGUGUCACCAGCCAACACCGCGAAGGAAGCCCCAGCGGAAAAGCCGUGCGCGCCUUCCCCAGUAGUUUUCCUCGCAUAGCCGGGGGAAGGGGUGAUGGAAGAGGAAGAACUUCCCUUUGUCGUAGGAGAGGAUUGAGUGACCUCCAAAGUUUUGUUCCGGGAGGAAACCGCUCAAUAAGUUUGGUGUUUGGAAGGGGAGUGUGCUGGCUGGGCCAGAGGCUGUCAUGGUGCUGGCCUCCACAGCAGGAAGAUAGCAGAGAUGGUGGCCUGAGGGCGCCGGUCCCACGCGCAGACAUGGCCUUCGCCCAGUCCCACAUCAUGGCAGCCAGGAGGCACCAGCACAGCCGGCUCAUCAUCGAAGUGGAUGAGUACAGCUCCAACCCCACACAGGCUUUCACGUUCUACAACAUUAACCAGGGACGUUUCCAGCCCCCACAUGUGCAAAUGGUUGAUCCGGUGCCCCAUGACGCUCCGAAGCCUCCAGGAUAUACACGAUUUGUCUGUAUUUCUGAUACUCACUCAAGAACUGAUCCCAUCCAAAUGCCAUAUGGAGAUGUGUUAAUACAUGCUGGUGAUUUUACUGAGCUGGGACUUCCUAGUGAAGUAAAAAAAUUCAACGAGUGGCUAGGUAGCCUGCCCUAUGAAUACAAGAUCGUGAUAGCAGGAAAUCAUGAAUUGACCUUUGACCAGGAAUUCAUGGCUGACUUAAUCAAGCAGGACUUUUACUAUUUCCCCUCUGUUUCUAAGCUGAAGCCAGAGAGCUAUGAAAAUGUACAAUCUCUUCUAACAAACUGCAUCUAUCUUCAAGACUCUGAAGUGACGGUCAGGGGAUUCAGAAUAUAUGGCUCCCCUUGGCAACCUUGGUUUUAUGGCUGGGGCUUUAAUCUUCCACGAGGCCAAGCACUAUUAGAGAAAUGGAACCUUAUUCCAGAUGGAAUAGAUAUUCUUAUAACACAUGGACCACCUCUCGGUUUUCUGGACUGGGUUCCUAAGAAAAUGCAACGGGUAGGAUGUGUUGAGCUGCUGAAUACAGUCCAGAGACGAAUACAGCCAAGGCUUCAUGUUUUUGGACAUAUCCAUGAAGGUUAUGGUGUCAUGGCUGAUGGAACCACCACCUAUGUGAAUGCAUCUGUGUGCACUGUGAAUUACCAGCCACUUAAUCCGCCUAUAGUUAUUGACUUACCUACUCCAAGGAACACAUGAUUAUAAUGAGGAUUUAAAGUUGUACCCAACACAUUAGCAACUUUAUAUUGCUGGCUGAGAAUCCCAAUAGGGAACCAUUCAACAAAAAAAAGCAAAAUCCUUCUUUUUUCCCUGCUAGCUCUUCACAGAUAAAUUUAGAGUAACAAAAGUGGACAAGGAACAAAGACAUUUUGGUGCCAGAAACAGAUUAAAGACUAACAUUUUACCAUUAAAAUGUUUGUGAACACAGAAAAGUGAAUUCAUUGCUCGCACACACACACACACACACACACACACACACAUAUAUAUAUACACACAUAUAUAUAUGUGUGUGUGUGUAUAAUAUAUAUAUCUAGUAGGGGCUUUUGUACAUACCAUAUAUUGGACUUAUUAAAAGAAUGAUGUCUUUCAAAGGAGUGUUUCUUUAAGAAAGUUUGCAGUUUAAACGUGUUUAGACUAGGAUUUCCUCAUUUCAGAUGUUUUCCAGUGAGGUCUUGGUAAAAAAAAAAAAUCAUGGUAAAGAUGUUUUCCCUUAAUCAACAUGAAAAAUAUAAAAGAUGGUACACAAAUGACCAGUCAGAGGAGGAAAACUAUUUCUCCAAGUCCUCCAGGUCUAAGUCUUUGCAUCUAUUCAAAACCAAUGCAAAAGAGGCCCUAAUUCACUGUACUGAAAUGAAGUUUUACUACAUCUGGCAUUACAGAUGGCAAGGGAAAUGGUGCAUAUUGCCAGCAUGCUGUAAACAGCUCAACAUUCAAGAAGGGAGACUGUGUUAAACGCAGUAUAAACUCAGGAAUUUGUAACCUGGUCUCGCCUGUUUAAAAAAAGAAAAUAAGGAUGACAUUUCCCUUAAAAAAAAAAAGAAAGAAAAAAAAUAUAACUGUGUUUUCAUAUGGUAAAGUGAUAUGUGAUUGUAUUUAAGGAAAAAAGAAAGAGGAAAAACCUGCAAAGGGCUCACCCAAUGAUUAGUAAUGGUAUUUUAAAUAAAACCCACUGAGACUAUUGGUUUAAAACCUGCUAAUGAGACAUGCAGCCAAUGAUGAGAUUACUGGUUUGAAUUUGGCCCUGGUCAGGAAUGGUUAAAUGUCAUUGUGAUAAUUUUGUCCUUGGGAAACAUAGAUGUCAAGGGGAAGGCAUCAACCCAAGGUGUAGUUUGGACACUCACUUUUGGGUGGCUGUGAGCAAUGGGUACGCACCAAAGUGUGAAGAGCAGAGGUCACCGCAGGGGACCUGGGACUUGCCCACUCAUGGACACUGCUGAGAGAAGCCCAGAACAAAACCAGUAGAAACCCAUCUGUUGUAUUGCUUUUGGCACCAAGAAAAGCAGGGGACAUGUCAGAAGCUGGUUGAGAUGGUCCACAGCCAUGGUACUGCCUGUGCAGCUCUCCUGCAGUGUUAGCAGAGGUAUUGAAGCUGCUGGGAUUUCAGUCCUGUCCUAGGCAGAAGCUUAAGAAUUGAUUACAGAGCCACCAAAAAACCCAGGGCUUCAGACAUCUCCUGCAAGAAAUGGAUUUCUGCCUUGAACUGAAAAACGUGUCCUUUUGACUUGAUGGAGAUAACUUAACUGCUCUAUUCUAUAUGUGGACAUACUGAAUUGGGGGUGACAGCAUCUAGACAUUAA